CGUCGAUGAUUUAUUUUGUCUGUGUUGAUCCUAAAGCGAAAUGAUGGAGCCCUGGGCGUAAACGUAUUCAUCUUCUACCUGCGUACUUGUCAGCUACUUCGCAUCAAAUCCCUCCCCUCCUCAAUUACUUCCUUCGAUUUCGAAUCCGUGAUGAAGAGAGCGCAUUGUGGCAGCAACGCCAUCACUUUCCGGCGGCUCUGUCCCUUCCUCCUCGCCAUCACCAUCCUGUCCUCCUUCAUUUUCUGGUCUCGCCCCGCCUCUACUCCCUGCAACAUCGAUGCCGCCUUCGCCGCCGCCGCCGCAGAGCAGAAUAGGUCCUUGAACAUCCUCGCCUUUUCCUCCGCCCUCAACCAGCUUUCUUUCUCCGUCCGCCCGCCGCCGCGGCUCCUUAAGAUCGCCCUCUUCGUCAAGCGCUGGCCGCAGCGCAACCGCGCCGGCGGCCUCGAGCGCCACGCCCUCACGCUCCACCUCGCCCUCGCGCGCCGCGGCCACGAGGUGCACGUCUUCACCACCAAAUCCAACGCCACCCUGGGCGACUCCGCCGCGGCCGCCUCCGCCCUGAUCUUCCACCCCACCGACCCCUCCCCUGCCGGCUUCCUCAACCAGGCCCUGGCGUGGGAGCAGUUCGGCAUCCACAACGCCACCGGGCGGCCCUUCGAAGUGAUCCACUCGGAGAGCGUCGGCGUCCUCCACGGCCGCGCCCGCGGCCUCCGCAACCUCGCCGCGUCCUGGCACGGCAUCGCCUACGAGACCAUCCACUCCGACGUGGUUCAGGACCUUCUGCGCGGCUCGUCGGAGCCGCGGAGCCCGAUCGUGGCGGAGCGGCUCGCCAAGGUGAUCGAGGAAGUCAAGUUCUUCCCCCGCUACGCCCACCACGUGGCCACCAGCGACCACGUCGGGGACGUCCUCAAGCGGGUCUACAUGAUCCCGGAGGGGCGCGUCCACAUCAUCGUCAACGGCGUCGACGAGAGCGUCUUCGGGCCCGAUCCGAAAUCGGGAGCAGAAUUCAAGGCCAAGGUCGGCGUGCCGACCGGCGCGAAGCUGGUGAUAGGAAUCGCUGGGAGGUUGGUGAAGGACAAAGGUCACCCGCUGAUGUUCGAAGCUCUGAAGAAGGCCUUCGAGGAGGAAGAGACGUUCCGAAAGGGGGACGUCUUCGUUCUGGUGGCCGGAGACGGGCCAUGGGGCGACAGGUACAGAGAGUUGGGCCGGAGCGUCAUCGUCGUGGGGCCGCUGGAGCAGUCCGAGCUCGCCAAAUUCUACAACUCGCUCGACGUUUACAUGAACCCAACGCUGAGGGCGCAGGGGCUCGACCACACCUUCAUAGAGGCGAUGAUAUCGGGGGUGGCCGCCGCCGGCACGAGGUUCGCGAGCAUCACGGGGUCGCUGAUAGUGGGGCCGGAGGUGGGGUACACGUUCCUGCCGACGGUGGAGUCGCUGACGGCGUGCCUGUUCAGGAUCGCGGCCGACGGGAAGGAGGUGCUGGCGAGGAAAGGGGAGGCGGCCAGGAACAGAGCGUUGAGGCUGCACACCGCCACCAAGAUGUCCCUCGCUUACGAGAGGCUGUUCUUGUGCAUAGCCAAGAGGGCGCCGGCGGUGAAGGACGACGACGACGACUACUGCAAAUACCCACUUCCAUGGGAUUGAAGUGGAAUCCUGCGGCAGACAAAUUUCUAUUUGUCGCAUUUAAAGUCAUGGCACAAAAAAAAACUGUAUGAAAGGUCGAUAAGUAGAUAUGUACUUUCCAUUCUCACCAAGUCUACAUCUAUUUGAAAUAUUUCAAGCAA